UGCGACUUUCACAUUGACUUUCCACUAAGGAGAAGGAGAAUUUAGCUUUCUUCCCUACCCUGUCUUCAUUAGACACUGGCAUUCAGCCUGCUUGCACAUCUUUCCCCAGGGGGCCUCCCUAAAGCCGUUUUAAAAGGCUCUCGGGCGACAAGUCACAGCAAGCUUCCCGGCAUCUCACCUAGGCUGUGAAGCUCCACGCCGGGUGAAGCCACAAGGCCCCCGGAAGCUAGCCGGGCCGGGGGCGUUCCCUCUCCAUCCUCCACCCACUACGCCUUUCCAGCGUUCCGGCCUCUACGGCUAGGCCAGAAAAGAGGCGGAACUCCCUGAUCUGGAGGCGGUUUCCUCGCCGGAUUGAAAAGCGGAGUGCACCAAGUGUCGCGGGAGCAGCACCUUGGUCCCCUGCUCCCGCGACAUGGCCUUCAACUUUGGUACUCCGUCUGGCACUUCAGGUACCGCUGCAGCCACCGCGGCUCCCGCGGGUGGGUUUGGAGGAUUUGGGACAACGUCUACCACAGCGGGUUCUGCAUUCAGCUUUUCUACUCCAGCUAACACAGGCACUACUGGAUUCUUUGGUAGUACUCAGAACAAAGGUUUUGGAUUUGGGACUGGUUUUGGCACGACAACUGGAACUAGUACUGGCUUAGGUACUGGUCUGGGGACUGGACUUGGAUUUGGAGGAUUUAAUACGCAGCAGCAGCAACAGCAGCAACAGACUACGUUAGGUGGUCUCUUCAGUCAGCCUACACAAGCUCCUGCUCAGUCCAACCAGCUGAUAAAUACCGCAAGUGCCCUUUCUGCUCCAACACUACUGGGAGAUGAGAGAGAUGCUAUUUUGGCAAAAUGGAAUCAACUACAAGCCUUCUGGGGAACAGGAAAAGGAUAUUUCAACAAUAACAUUCCACCCGUGGAAUUCACACUAGAAAAUCCCUUUUGCCGGUUUAAGGCUGUAGGUUAUAGUUGCAUGCCCAAUAAUAAAGAUGAAGAUGGGCUAGUGGUUUUAGUUUUCAACAAAAAAGAAACAGAUAUUCGAAGCCAGCAACAGCAAUUGGUAGAAUCAUUGCAUAAAGUUUUGGGAGGAAACCAGACCCUUACUGUAAACGUAGAGGGUAUUAAAACAUUGCCAGAUGAUCAGACAGAAGUUGUCAUUUAUGUUGUUGAGCGUUCUCCAAAUGGUACUUCAAGAAGAGUUCCAGCUACAACACUGUAUGCCCAUUUUGAACAAACCAAUAUUAAAACACAGUUGCAGCAACUUGGUGUAACCCUUUCUAUGACUAGAACAGAGCUUUCUCCUGCACAGAUCAAACAGCUUUUACAGAAUCCUCCUGCUGGUGUUGAUCCUAUUAUCUGGGAACAAGCCAAAGUGGAUAACCCUGAUUCUGAAAAGUUAAUUCCUGUGCCAAUGGUGGGUUUCAAAGAACUUCUUCGAAGACUGAAGGUUCAAGAUCAGAUGACUAAGCAACAUCAGACCAGAUUAGAUAUAAUAUCUGAAGAUAUUGGUGAAUUACAGAAGAAUCAAACUACAACUAUGGCCAAAAUUGCACAAUAUAAGAGGAAACUUAUGGACCUUUCCCACAGAACUUUACAGGUCCUAAUCAAACAGGAAAUUCAGAGGAAGAGUGGCUAUGCCAUCCAAGCUGAUGAAGAGCAGUUGCGAGUUCAGCUAGAUACAAUUCAGGGUGAACUAAAUGCCCCUACUCAGUUUAAGGGCCGACUAAAUGAACUGAUGUCCCAAAUCAGGAUGCAGAAUCACUUUGGAGCAGUCAAAUCUGAAGAAAGAUAUUAUAUAGAUGCAGAUCUGUUACGAGAAAUCAAGCAGCAUUUGAAACAACAACAGGAAGGCCUGAGCCACUUGAUCAGCAUCAUAAAAGAUGACUUAGAAGAUAUCAAGUUGGUAGAACAUGGAUUGAAUGAAACCAUCCACAUCAGAGGUGGUAUCUUCAGUUGACAGCUCACAAACUUGUGUUAAAGGUUUGUGAAAUACAUCUUCCUGUUACAUCAGCCCUUCUUUAAAAAUGAAACUGACCACAUGGAGGGGGGGGAACAAUCCUCUCUCCUGACUUGGUUUUUGAGAAGGUUACUGAAAAAUUAUUAUUCAUCAAAUCUGAAAUAACAGUCACCUCACUGCUCUUCAGAGCUAGCCUUUGAAAGAUUUGUAUCUAAAAGCUGUAAUUACUUUAAAAGAGAAAUACAUAGUUACCAAAAAUAUUUACUAUUGUAUGUUUUUACAACAGCAUUGUUCUUAGAAAUAAUCAAUGUUUAAUGAUUAUUCUCCAUUGAGCCUGUACUCUGCUUUCCAUAGCAAGUAAAUAUGAAAUGUCUACUUUGCACAUAACAAAAUAAACUGUAUAAUUACUUGGCUGCUGGAGAUUUGUACAUCAGAAUGUAAAUGUCAGUUUUUAUAUUUGUGAAUUCAUCUGUGGGAGGAGUAAAAAAAAUCCAAGAGUAUUUAAUGAUUAAUGUGGUUUUCUUUUCAUUCUAUAAAGAUUGAAUAUAUAUUUUUAUAUUAUUUUACUUAUUUGGAAUUUACAGAACACACAUAAGCAAUUAGGAUAUAAUGGAAGAAUUACAUUUUAUCAUUUUUGCACCAUUUUUUGUUUUUUAAACCUUUAUUUCUAAAAAAUAUGAAAACAAAUAAAUUCUUGAUUAUAAUUACUUUUUAUAUAA